CGGAGGGCAAAAUGGUUCAAACUCCGUCCGUAGGCUCGUCCCACUUGGGAGGGGCUUCCUCAAGUGCGCGAGGUACGUACGCAAGGGGGGAAAAGGGAGAGAAAACAGAGGAAUGAUCAUGCGUGUCGGAUGGCCUCUCACCUCUUCCCUGCCUGUCUGUGUGUGUGUCUUUCGUGUCAGGUGGGGUUGUCCCGCCCAUUCCGCCGCUGCCCGAGCCGCCCCGCUAUGUGCCGCCCAACGAGCGGCAGUGGGUGCCGGCGGCCCUCACGACCAAGCUUCCCCCCAAGACCGUGCCGCGCGAGACCACCCGGGCGCGUUAUCAGCAGUUGCUCAAGGACACGAAGGCCAAGAUGUACGAGGACGCCCUCGCAGAGGCCCUCCGGCGUGAUGCCAGACGCCAUGAAUUUUCGCAUCAAAUACGACACACGGGUGGGUGGGCAGAGGGCGACUGGGGGGAAAGAGGAGGCGGUCAUCCCAUCAUGGGUGGCAUGGUCGUGGCUGGCCUGUCGUGUGUGUGGUGUGUGCACUUUGGUCAGAACCUGUAUUUGGUCGGUUCGCUGGAGCCCCUGGGGCUGUGGGACCCGAGCCGCGCGGUCAAGAUGACCUGGAACGAUGGAACGAGGCCAACAUGUGGACCUGCACCGUCAAUCUGCCCAUCUGUAAGCACCAAGCGACUGACUUACUGAGUGACUAAUUCACGCACGACGUGGUGGACUGGGAACACAGCACAGCACUCACACAACGAUCGGUGUGCAUUGCACGGUGUCGUGAGUUGUUGGUGUGUGUGUGUGUUUAUGUGUGUAGCUCAACUCGGUGCAGGGCGGCGUGACGGUGGAGGACGCCUGGGGGCAGGGACGGGGCUAGGGGGAUGAUCAGACAGACAGAUAGGAGUGGGCGUCAGGUGUGGCUGGCUGCCUGUGCAGUGUGUGUGUGUGUGUUUGUGCAUUUAUGUUCCUACUUGCUCUGCUACCACCAGUGAUUUGUCUGCCUACAACUGGGAUGAUGGAUGGAUGGAUGGAUGGGGCCGUGGAUGCCUGGCUGUCUGGCUGUCUGGCUGACUCAGGGCUGUGUUGUGUUGUGCCGUGUCGUGUGCAGCUAUAUCUGUCGCCAUAAAUAUGGCUGUGUCACUAGAUCGAUAUCGAUUGCUGUGUACGUGCAUUCAUGUCGUUCGUCCGCCGAAUCCAUCUGUCCGUCCGUCUCCCUCAUAGAACGAACGACUCACUCACUCACUCACUCAUGACACACCUCUCUCUCUCUCUCCAUCGCGCGCAGGCAGGCAGUGGGUCAAAAGGGAUAAUCGACAAGUGUGUGCAUGCCAGCUUCUUUUUCGGACUGCGCGCGUUCUCGUGAUGAUUGAUUGGACGACUGAAUGAAUCAACGAGCGGUGUUGGCCCGGCAUGUCAUCAUCCCUCUCUCCCUCUUUCGAGCCACCUGGGCACUCACUCACUCAUUCACUCAUUCACUCACUUGACAGACAGGGGGUCAGGCAGACACAGGUGGCCUGGGGGUGGGGUGCACGUGUUCUCAGCUUCUGGCGUGUGAUGUCAACAACAAACAGCUCACUCACUCAGAUGGUCUGUCCUCUGUGUUGUGUUGGCGUCACGUCACUCGCUGGUGAGGUCGGAGCACACAGCACUGACUGACACACAAACACCGCAGGCAGACCAGACAGGAUCGAAGGAAGCACAGAUGCAUUGCAACGCAACCUGAUUGGCCGAUUGGUUGGUUGGUUGGUUUACUGGGUGAUGUACAGUCUCUCUGUGUGAAACCAGUCUGUCCCUGUGACGUGACGUCGGUUUUGGUUCGGUUUCUCGCGUUGUUGCCUG